GACCAGCAGACUGCAGGGGCUGGGUAAGGGGGCAAGAGCUGGGGUCAGGCCUAGCACCCAUCACCCUCAAUCCUGAUGGAGGGGCCCAGACAGGGUGCAGGGACACCCGCUUUGGGACUAUCCCUGCCACCGGCUGGAUCGCUGGGCCUUCCGCCAGGGCCGCACACGGGCACACGCCGCCCGCCUGCCGCAGGACGGGAGCGUCGCAAAAUCCAGACUAACAUGGCUACCCCUCUGAUACUUGGCACGGUGACUGGACUCUCCUGCAUGACUGACCCCAAUUCGGAGCGUCCCCCUGAGGCUGAUCUCGUUCCUGGAAGCUCUGGAGCCUGGUUCCGUGGCUGGGAUCCUGAAUUCUUGAUGGCUGGGCCGGAGGCCGACCCCAGAGCGACGCCUGUGUCCCUGGGGCACUGCAUGGGCAGGGUUUCCAGGAGCUGUACUAGGCCCAGCAGCUCUGCGACGUUGCCUUGGUGGCUGCAGGACGGCGCUUCCCCUCUCAGUCACAGGCUGGUGUUGGGCUCGGUCAGCCCUUACUUACGGGACCAGAUGGCCUCCACGGACUCCCAGGGUGGGGAGGUUCAGCUGCAGGAUGUGUCGCCCUCCAUCCGCCAGAGCAUCCUGCACUAUCUGUACACGGAGGAGCUGGCGCUGACGGCCGAGUGCGCCCAGGAGCUGUUCGUCACGGCCAGCAGGCUUCAGAUCCCCCCACUCCUGGAGAUGGUUGGCAGGUGA